CUCUCUCCCUCUCCCUCUCUCUCUCUCUCUCUCUCUCUCUCUCUCUCUCUCUCCACAUACGUUUCCCUUCCCCUCCACAUCCACGCCGACUGCACUAGAACCGCCCAUGAUUGAGCGGUAAAUGAUGCGUUGAGGCAACCGUGUGGGCAACUACUCUGUUUUCAUCCAGAUCUAGAGGCAUAGGUCUGGACGACCAUCCGCAUCCAGAUCUGGAUCCACCGCAGUCCAAGACGUCAACUUUUGCCCAGAUCUGGAGCCAACAUGAUGAUUAGCGAUGGAGGAAAGCAGCAUAGUGUCUCCAAUGGCCACGGCUCACCGCUAUUGGCAUCGGAGAAGGUAGAUGUUGCCUCCACCACUCCGCCCUCCGUUGUCAGCAUCGGAGAAGGAUUUGAAGCUGAUACCAUGCAAAACAUCAACCAGAGCUCCAACGCCACCCUCUCGGUGUACCGUGUCAUGUUUGGACCCCAAGGCUGGGCGGAUCUACCACAUGGGUUAUUGCACUCCAUCAUUGUUCUACUGGGUUCAACUCGUGACCUUCUUGCGUUCAUCGCCACCUGCCCUAGUUGGUAUGCCGCAUUCAUGUCAAUCAAAUCUACCUUAGACAUGCUCUUCCCGCCUGUUAUUUUCAAGAAUUGUCCCGACCAGACAAGCUCAGCUGGCUCGAACAUUGGAAACACAUGGGAGCUCAUUGAUCCAGCAUAUCCUAGUACUCCGUUGCGUCGCUUCAGCGGCCCUCCAAGUAUUUUGGAUAAGAUGGCAGACGUCAAAUGUUCUUAUGGUCAUGCCAUCUUCUCCUACGGCAGAUCCCUUGUCAUUAUGGACGUGCUCACUGGCACUACGGUUGCCGCUCCACCUUUUCCAUUGAAUCAACUAUGCUAUAGAACCUUAAUAUCUCCAGAAGCGUCACCGGAUUCAUAUCUAUUUGUCAGCAGCACGCAUUGCCUGUACGCUUGGCGAGUUGGGAGCCCCUCUUGGUUGCAUUGUGAUUUUCUGAAUGCACAUUUGAUCAAGGAGAUGGUAUCCUUCAAAGGCCGGGUCAUUACGGGGAUACGUCAAAAGCUCUACACCGUGCAUUUGGCACCUCAGUUCCGUGUCGAGGUACUAAGAGUUGCUUGCAGAGAUUAUAUGGACCCGUACGUGCUUUCCGGAAAUUUGGUGACCUGUGAAGAUACACUUCUCCUACUUGGUGGUAAUGGGGAAGCCUUCUCUAUCGACUUUUCGACUGAACCUGCAAAGUAUGUGAGCGUGGAGGAUGGACGAUUGAAAAAGUGGGCGUUCUUCUUUGGCAAGAAGCGUAUUGGCCAGCCACGACACUUAGUGAACCCAGAGAGGAUGGGGUUAAAAGGUGGUGUUGUCUACCAGUUGGAUGAAAACGCUCGGGUAUUUUCAUACCCAGUAGAUGGCAACCAAAAUGAGGAGUUGGAGCCAGAACCUUGUUUUGCGACGAUCAAUGCUUAUCUUGCUCGCAAUCCUACAUCCUUUGCAGCUUGGGUAUGAGAUCGUGUCAUUGUACCUUGCAGUUGUCCUGUUGUCGUUGGCUAUGUUCCUUCUAGUUUCAGCUCCUCUGAUGGAGUACAUCAAGAUAUGUAAUAAUCUAUAUUUGCUACCCAGUGUACUUUCCUGGAGGCAAAAACUUGUGCUACAUGUUGUUAUUUCGCUGAACCUUGUUAAUUACUCCCAUUUUGCAUGCAAGAGAUGGGGGUUUGCAUCCUGAAACAAUGUUAGCUUCUUGCCGUUCUUGGGUCUUUAUAUCACUCUUCA